AUGUCCCUGAAUUUCCCCACAUGCACUGGUCACAGUAUUCCUGUCUUUGUCAUUUCUCUUCUCCUAAUGCAGGCAAAACACAUGAAGACUGAAAGUCCCAGCAGCCCUGUCAAUGAGGGCAGACCCUCUUCCAGCAAUGAUGAGGGCCCCAGAGGUAACCCCAGCCAGGCAGCCAAUGAAAGUAAGCAAAGCCUCCAGGACUCUGUCAAACACCGCAUCCUGUGCUUGUCGGAGCAGCUGAGAGUGGAGAAAACCAGCCGGGAUAAGAACACGGUGGGCUACCUGAAACUGGCGUCCAAAGCUGGCCGGCACAAGGCCACCCUCAUCAGACAAGCCUUCGAGAAGGUGAACCAGCGUUCUUCGGCCACGAUCGCCCACCUAGAACGCAAGCUCCGACAGUACCAGCUCCAGCUGCGGGAGCUGGAAGAGGGCAGUCAGCCCAAGUGCUCGACGCUAGAGGGGAAGGCUGGCAAGAGCCGGAAGCUCACUGACCAGGCCCCUUUGGGGGGGAACCCAAAGGCCAGAGCGGAGGAAGCCCAAUCUGCCAAUGGAGCCAAUGCCACAGAAGAAGCUCAGGGAGCCAGUGCCCUCCCCAAGAGAAACAGCAUGUCCGGGCAGCAGGACCAACUGUUCCUGAUGAUAAAGAAGGAGCUGGAGGAGAUUAAAAAAUCCCAGAGCAAGCUCGAGCUGUCCUAUCGUACCCUGAAGGAGAGGUACCUGGUUGAUCUGAAGCUGAUUAUUGAGUCUCUUCAAGAGGAGAAACAUAGGCAAAGCAUGAUUGAGGACCAAGUCAAUGAGCACGUGCAGGGGCAACUGGGUGAUAUUUCCCAUAUUAAGCAGAAUUUGGCCUGCACUGAAGAGAAGAUGAUCUAUCUGUCCUAUGAGAGAGCCAAGGAGAUAUGGGAAGUGAUGAGGACCUUCCAGAGUCGAAUUUCCAAGCUGGAGACCCAACAGCAAAGAGCCCAGUUAGAAAUGACCGAGAAGCCCCAAAGCCACUCCAUCUUUUUAGUUAGGUUCAUGAGCUUGCUCCUAACUUUGACCACCAUCGUCCUCAUAUGCGUGUCUACCAUCUGUAGCUGCCACUUGCCUUUCUUCAAGUACCGUCUACGUACUUGUAUCAUCCUCUUGCUCAUUGCCCUGGGGAUGGUCGCCUGGCAGGAGUGGUACAAUAUCCCAUACAUACAUUGGCAUGAAUGGCUCUUAACGAGGUGGAAAUUGUAUUACAAAGACUCCAGGCCUGUGCCGUGCUAA